AUGCCGCUACGGGAGCCACGGUGCAAGGGGCGGCGGUGCUCUGCCCAGGGGGAAGGCCCGCAGGGGCUGCGGGGCCCGGGGCCUCGCUCGGUUCGGUCCGGCCCGGGUGCGCCCGACGCUGCCCGCGCACCCUCGGCCCAGUGGCGGGAAGGAAGGAGCGGGCGGUGCCGCUCCCCGCCCCACGGGCGGCCCCGGCCCGACAACGCCCCCGACCCUCACGCCGCGACCGGGCCCGGCGCCCGUGGCAUUUCCUCUGAGCUCACUCGGAGGCUGACGCGGCGCCGCUUCCCUCGGAAGAGGAAGCCUGGCAGCGGAGCGGCGGCGGCAGGCAGGGGGGAGCGCGGUGGCCGCCGUGCCGGCAGCGGCGGGGCGAGGCGGGGGGCAGCGGCGCGGCCCGCGCUGGGGGCGAACAGGGCGGAGGCGGGGGGCAGCGGCGGGGGCGGGCACACCCCGCCCGCGGACCCGGGCGGUGGCCACCCCCGUGGCCCGAGCCCCCGCCGCGCCCUGCCCGUCUACACCCUCAACGUGCGGGUCUUCUGGCCGGUGGUGACCGGCCUCUGCACCGCGCUCCUCUGCCUCUACGAGGCCCUGCGGGGCGGCGCGGCCGGGGAGGGCGAGGCGGAGACGAGCUCCGUCCCGCUCCUCAAGGGCUCGGCGCUGCUGCUGCUGGGCUGCCUGCUCGCCCGGUGCUGCGGCGCGGCCGGCGGCGGCCCCAGGCCCGGCGGGGUCCGGGCGGCGGGAGCGGCAGGGUCGCGGCGCAGCGUCCUGGAGAGCUUCUACACGCGGCAGCUGCGGCUCUCGCCCCAUGUGCUGGGCCACAGCAAGGCGCACGUCGGGCGCGUCGUGGCUGAGCUGGUGCGAGCCGCCAAGGCGCAGGGGCUGCAGCCGGGGCCGCUGGCCCUCAGCCUGCGCGGGGACUUCGUGUGCAUCGGCAGCGCCUACGAGCAGCACAAGGUGCGCAGCCCCGACUGCUUCGACAUCCUGGUGCCCCUCCGGCUCCCACCACACCUGGAGCCGCAGCCGCGCAGCGCCGACGGGCUGGGGCCCAGCGGAACAUUCGUCUGCGGGCUGCGGGCGAGGUCCGGUUGGCCGCGGCGCUACCGGCCCUUCGCCGAGGGCUUCUGCGUCGAGCUGCAGGGCCGCAGCCACCUCUCCUCCGGGCUGGUGCUGCGCUGGUUCCAGGGCCACCUGCAGCGGUGCCUGGGCGCCGUGCGGUACCGGCUGCAGGACCGCUGCCGCAUCAGCCUCUCGGCCUGUCCCGGGCGUCCGCCCACGCUGCACAUCGUGCCCUGCUCCGACUACGUCUGCUGCCACAUCUCCAUGGCCGUGCGCCUCAUCCCCGCCAUCCCCGUCGGCGACGCGCUCUACCUCACAGCCCUGCCGGCCGAGGGCCCUCUGAGCCCCCCGGCCCCCGAGGCCCUCUGGAGCCUCAACGCUUCGCGGCAGGAGCAGCGGCUGCUGAGCUGGCUGAAGGAACAGGCCCCGGCCUCCUCCUGCCACCUCAAGUGCCUGCAGAUCCUCAAGGGCCUGCGGGACCUCCGCGGGCAGAGCCUGGAGGAGCCUUUCUGCUCCCAGUGGGGUCGGGUGCUCUCCUCCUACGUGCUGAAGACGGCUCUCUUCUCCCUGCUGCUGCGGGGGCCUUUGGAGGCCUGGGAUGAGCGGUUCCUGGUGGAGCGGCUGGAGGAGCUGGUGCUGUACCUCAGGGACUGCCUGCGCAAGCAGGUGCUGAUGCAUUUCUUUCUGGGCAACACCAACCUCCCCGAGGCUGUGGCACUGCCCCGCUUCCUCAAGGAAGCCACCCCUGUGAACUUGCUGGCUGCCUUCGAUGGGCCCACGCUGGACCUGGCCGCCUUCCAGCUGAUCAACACCUGGUUCCAGGCCCCGCUGGUCAUCAGGAUGUACAGCAGCCCCCGGUACUUGCGGCCACUGCCCACCCCGUGCCGACACAUCACCGAGGCCAGGCAGGAGCCACCGGGAGAGUGAUUCGGUGCCCAGGAGAUUCGGUGUCACUGCUGGGACGAGGCACGCUCCCAGCCCACCCGACCAUCGAGAGCCCGCGUCUGCUGAAGGAAGGUGGGAUCCAUUGAAAUGUGGUUCUGUGGCUUUGUCCCUGACCUGAAAAAAACUAGGAAACCAAAACCCAAGACUUAGUGAAAUUGUGAUCCUUAUUUUUCAAUCUUGUUGGUUGUUCAUGGGGAAAAUUGUGAAAUUUCUGGGGAAAUGCCUUAGUUGAGAAGUGUGAUGUUCAGUCAACUGCUAGCAAGCCUGACUUCAGCAGGCUGAAACUGGCAUUUCUGGAAAUCCACGUUAACUUGGUGCCAAAAUGGACCUUUUUCUGAAACUCGACAUUUAUGAUACAAAAUCAAUUUGGGAUUUAAAAAUCCUCUAGGUGCAACAACCCUCCCCCCCCCCUCGUGUACCAGAAUGCUCUUAAAAUGUGAUGAGCACUAGAGCAUGGGUGUUAAUUGCAAUUUGAAAUGCUCAAUGGCAUGCUUCAGAUUUCCUGUGUAAUGGGAUACAUGAUGAUUAAUAGAAAUAUGUGCAUGUUAAUGUAAAAUUAAGGAAAAAAGUGAAACCUCUCCAGUAAUAGUAUGAAGAAUCUAGUUUCUGUAUUCAAGUGAAGGUUACACUGAAGGGUUGAAAUACAGGAACCAAAUAGCACUUUAUUUUCACAAAGGCCUUCUUUUUUAGGAUAAUUGGCUGCAGUAUAUUUUGCUACAGAGGAAGCAUUAGUAUUUUGUUAAAGGGUUGAUGUUAGAAUCAUCCUGAAGAAAACCAUAUUUUAAUGAAAUACCCUGGGGUUUGUUUGUGGUUCCUGUUAAGUUUUUUUUUUUCUGGCUUAGAAAUUUGUAGAAUUUGCUUUACUUCAAGGACCAACAGCAAAAUUAUAAAAUUCCCCCACCCCCUUUUCUUCUGUGUGGAACAAACCUUAAACCAGUCCAAACCUCAGUGCUGUAAGCUGCCUUCUGCACCCUCCUGCCCUCAGUUAGCAGUUUCAUGGGAUUUUUGGGUGACUGCCUAAGCUGGUGUCUGAUCAUGGCAGUAUUUUACCAAAUAACCUGUUGGGAUUUUGUAGUGCAAAUUGUUAUCUUAUUAUGAGGAGGGGGAAAUGAAGUAUUUCAGGGUUCUUCAAAAUUGUUAAAGCACUGAUUCAUGGUACCAUUGCAGUCAGAGGCUGUGGAUUCUGAUGUCCUCUGACGGUAAACAUCAGCCAGAUAAUUUCCACUUCUGACCUGGUAAUGUCCCAGCUGCUGGAAUAUUCUGGUGUAUUGUAACACAGCCAGGUCUCUUAAGUGUCCUUAGUUUCUGGUGGAGGUACGUGGUGUAUGGGAACCUGAUGUGCAAACCCUGUCCCAGGGUGUCAGCAAAUUCAGCAUUCCAAAUCCUUGCUUUUUUGAGUCACCUGCUCAAGUGUUUGAUGUAUUAAGACCCAAAAUGUGUUGCUGAAUUGCUGGCAUUCAGGAAGCUGAGCAUGUGCCUUAUUACCCAUUAUACUGUGUCCUGUGUGAGCAGUCUGAAAUGAGUUAUAAAUGACCAAGUGUGACUUCAGGGAAGCUCUAGGAUAACUUGAAGUUACUGAUAUUUUCCUCCUCUCCCUGACAUACGUGGAGAUACCAGUGUGCUUUAUUCAUGGUUCUAUGCAUCAAAGCACAAACCAAACAUUUUCAAAAUCUAUGAAGUUUUAAAAAAGCUUCUAUUUUUUUAGGUGGAAACACCCUCUGGGCAGAUGUUUGCCUACUUCUGUGUAUUUUUUAACUGCUCUUGCAGUCCUGUUUUCAGGUAAUUAUAGCCUAGGUCACACCCGCGACUUGGUUUAUUUUUAUAUAUGAAGCACUGUGCUUCUUUCUACAAAUAGUGUAUGUGUAGGUAGUAUUGAUCCAAUGUUCUUUGCACAUGGUAUUUAAGGCUAAGUGAGCUAUCUUGGUAUUUUGUUUUGGUUUUUUGGUAGCAGACUAUGAUAUGUAUUAUUUUUGCAGACUUCUUGGUAUUUGAAAAAAAUGCCUGCCUUUGAAUCCUUUGGCCAAAGAAGAACUAGAGAACAGGUCCAGGGUAUUGUGGGUGCCUGAACUCGUGACAUAAAACCUUUAGCUCUUAAUUCUGGCAUCAUAACCACUCCCAUCAGCUGGUGGUUUGUUUACAUCACUGUGCAUCCAUAUCUCUGAAAAGGAAUGCAUGUCUGGUGUGUAUUUAAUCUUGCUGCAAUACAUGGAAAUCUGUACUAGACUUGGUAAGGACUUUCUCACUAAAAUGUAGUAAUGCCAGGAAAAGACAGUUGCAUCAGGAAAUGCAUGGCAAGGAGAGAUGGUGAAGAUUAUAAAUGUCUUAGAAAGUGGAAGUUGGGCUGAAGGGUGAGUGAGAAUGCUCUCAGUAAAAAUGCUCUCAGUAAACUCUCAGUGAAGACACACUGCAAACAGACCAUGGAGGAGAGCUAGUGAAAGCAAAGCAGAUUUGGAGCAUAGGGAGAAAAAGAUUUCAGUGGGUUUUGCUUUGACAAAUUUUCCAAAUAUUUUCCCAAGUGAUUGAAUCCAUCAGGGCUGAACAGUGAGUCAAACCCACAGUUUGUUAGCCAUGUAGGCAGAUCUUCAGUGAGCGUUUGCUCAGCAAGGCAUCUCUUGAGUUUGUGAUGGCUGGUGAAGGGAGGAAAUGCUUCCAUGUGCAACCUUAGGGCUGGGCAAGCUUUCUGGAGGAGAGGGGGCAUUCUGCCAGCAAGGCAGUGUGUGCCAUUGGGAGGUCUGAGCAAAUCUCUUAGACUAACUUGUGACUCUGUUGUACAGCUGAGAUAUGAAGUGUAUUUUCUUUAUCUGCUGUAAAGCAUCAUUCAUGAGUAUGAUCAACAAAAAGAGCUGAUAAAAGUUGGGUUCUGCUAUGGUGUUCAUCCACCAAAACAUGACAGCACUGAUACCUGCAACGUCCUGGAACUUUUAUAGGGCCUUAUCUGCAAGAGUUACAUACAGAGAAUUGACCUACAUGAGUAAUCCUGUGGGCCUUUUGCCUUCUCCCACCCCACAGAUACUGUGCACAGAACAAGGUUAUGAGUAUGUAUUUUUUAAGGUUGUAACUGGUACAAUGUAUCUUGGACUGAGCAUGGUAGCCUUUGAGUGUAUAAACUGGAACAGAAGCACAGCAGAAAAAGUGUGUGGUUUAGAACUAAUGUGGGUGCUUGGUUAUUUGUCUACAACAUAAUUUUGCAAAGACUGUGCAAAUGAAGUUGUUUUUAUGGAACAUUGAUUGGGAAGAGGAGUCAUGCCUGUUUAGCUCCACUACCAAGUUGCAUAUAUGUGACUUCUUUUUGUAUUGAAAAAUGUGUAUUUCUAAAAUACACCAUUUCUUCUUAUCUGACCAAAUAUCUUGAAAACAUUCCUCCUUUGAUUUUGAAUUUCUGCAGAGUAAUGUAAAUUUGAAGUGUCUGUUUGCAAUGGACAUUCUUGGUACAACUAUUUUUUUGCUGGUUAAUUAUCAGACCAAAGAUUAAACUAAAGUGUUCAGCUGCUAUUGUUUAAAAAAAAGAAAAAAAGGUGUUUAUAGGCUCAAAGUGUCAACCCACUUUAAUGAAAUGUUCAUAAGUUUAAUGUCAAAAUACAUUUGCACUUUCAUUGUUUCCAGUAAAAGUCAGUGGUUUUGUUUUAAGGAUUCAUUGUAGU